CGCGAGCCGGCGGUGCGGGCGGAGCGCGGGAGCGGAGAGGUGCUCUGGAGCCGGCCGAGGCGGAGGCGGCCGUGCGGCCCGAGGCGGCCGAGGACGAUGAGGACGAAGAGGAGGCGCUGCCGCACUCCGAGGCGGUGGACGUGUUCCAGGAGGGUCUCGCCAUGGUCGUGCAGGACCCGCUGCUCUGCGAUCUACCGAUCCAGGUGACUUUGGAAGAGGUCAACUCCCAAAUAGCACUAGAAUACGGCCAAGCAAUGACAGUCCGAGUGUGCAAGAUGGAUGGAGAAAUAAUGCCUGUGGUUGUGGUACAGAACGCCACAGUCCUGGAUCUGAAGAAGGCCAUUCAGAGAUACGUGCAGCUCAGGCAGGAGCGUGAAGGGGGCAUUCAGCACAUCAGCUGGUCCUAUGUGUGGAGGACCUAUUACCUAAUCUCUGCAGGAGAGAAGCUCACAGAGGACAGGAAGAAGCUUCGGGAUUACGGUAUCCGGAAUCGGGAUGAGGUGUCCUUCAUCAAAAAGCUGAGGCAAAAAUGAACCUCCAGACAAGGACAGCUCUGUGCUGGUGGCCUGUGCCCAGCUGGGACACAGCUGAGCCCUAGGUCCAAACAACCAAAUCAUGUGGCAAAUGGGCCUGGCCCUGUGUACAAAAUAAAUCUACUUGUUUCUUAGUUUGAAAA